AACGUGGAAGUAGGGAGCAGGCGGAGGCCGGCGCGGAGCUGUAGCUAAGCAAGCCGGGUCUGGGUUUGGGCCCUGGGCCUUCCAGCCGCGGACUCUGCGCCUGCGCCCGCCUGGCCGCCGCCUGCUCUCCCGGAGCGGCAGCUGUCGGGGCUGCUGCGCGCCGCCUAGGUGUCUGGGCGAUCCAUGGGCAAGAGCAAGGGCAACGAUGACAGAUUACGGCGAGGAGCAGCGCAACGAGCUGGAGGCUCUGGAGUCCAUCUACCCUGACUCCUUCACAGCUUGAUUGCACAUUGAUCCAACCCUCCUAACAACUAGUCUUCCAAAAUAUAAAUGGACUCUCCUGAUACCACAUUCUCCUUCAGUAGUGCUUCACUUGACAAGGUCCUGCUAAGUAUUAUCAGAAAAUCCACCCAGCUUCACCAUUACUGUGACGUCUGAGGCGGGAGAAAAUGAUGAAACUGUCCAGACUACCCUCAAGUUUACAUACAGUGAAAAAUACCCAGAUGAAGCUCCCCUUUAUGAAAUAUUCUCCCAGGAAAAUCUAGAAGAUAAUGAUGUCUCAGACAUUUUAAAAUUACUAGCAUUACAGGCUGAAGAAAAUCUUGGUAUGGUGAUGAUUUUUACUCUAGUGACAGCUGUGCAAGAAAAAUUAAAUGAAAUAGUAGAUCAGAUAAAAACUAGAAGAGAAGAAGAAAAGAAACAAAAAGAAAGAGAAGCAGAAGAAGCUGAAAAGCAAUUAUUCCAUGGUACUCCAGUUACAAUUGAGAAUUUCUUAAAUUGGAAAGCCAAGUUUGAUGCAGAACUCUUGGAAAUUAAAAAGAAAAGGAUGAAAGAAGAAGAACAAGCAGGAAAAAAUAAAUUAAGUGGGAAACAACUAUUUGAAACAGAUCAUAAUCUUGACACAUCUGAUAUCCAGUUCUUGGAGGAUGCUGGAAACAACGUGGAGGUAGAUGAGUCUUUGUUCCAAGAAAUGGAUGACUUGGAGCUGGAGGAUGAUGAAGAUGAUCCAGACUAUAAUCCUGCUGACCCAGAGAGUGACUCAGCUGACUAAUGGACUGUCCCCAUCUGCAGAGAGGCUUGACUGCCACAGCAUCUGUGGCUAUGCUCAGAGGGUUUUGAUUUUCCUUUCUUUUUUUCUAAGAAAAAAUUAUUUUCAGGAGAAUAUUCUUCUGAUAGCUUUCAUCAUUGAACUUAAUAAACUGACCUUAAAAUUUCAAAUAUAAAA